AAAUAGAAAAUGUUUCUUUGAUUUUAGUUACUAUGGUUAUCCUAAAUCCAAAAUCCUCAGUUUCUCAUUUCCAAUCAAGUAAAUGUAUUCAAUUCAAUACUUUUUUCCAAGAGUUUUCUUUUUCUGUGUAGCAGAUGUAAUUUUGGCUAACAGAAGUUCGACUGUAUUUGCAUUUUACUGGCCAGACAGUUGCUUCUUUGUGGCGACACGCGUCGCUGUUCAGAUGAGUCACAAUUAAAAGGCUUGGCCCCAAACCAGAGGCCCAGGCGGAGGCACAGGUCCCCAGUCCCGGGUCCCCAGUCCCCAGUCCCGGGUCCCUAAUCCCAAGUCCGAGCUCCUCUGCGUGUGGGCACCCGUCUCCGUGUUUGUGUUCGAUUCUUAGCCGCAAAACAGUGGAAACCGCAAAUGACAGACACGACAGAAGAGUGAAAAACGUAAAAUGAAAAUUAAACAAAAACAAAAACAAAAACAAAAACGGAGACACCCAGACAAGUGCAGGGGGUGGGCGUUGGGCGGCCCCAAGAGGGAUUUCGUAAUGGCAUUUAAUGGCAGGCACACACACGGCCAGCAGCUACAGGCAACAGUUUCGUUUCCCCACCGAACGAAUCUAGAUACUUGGCUGCCAGAUACCCGUACAUAACGUCAUCAGUUGAUUUUCCAUGAGGCGCCAAACGAAGCGUGCAACCGAAAAAAGCGAAAAUAGUGGAAAACAGCAGACAAAAGUAACAAAUAAAACGAAUAGAGCGAGAACUGCAGGCGCAAUAGAGUAGAGAUUGUUUAUUGUACUUCGACGCGUACGGGUAUCUGGAUAGCUGGAUAUCUGGAUAGCUGGAUAGCUAGAUAGUGGUGCAUCGAUGGUCCGUCUAUAAAUAGGACAGCUCCACAGCGGGCUCACAGCGGGGGAGGUGUUUUCCGUACGACGACCAGCCGAUAAUCCGGGAAUAUGUACAUACAUACCUUCAGUAGCACUCCGGUCGUGUCCCGCGCUUGACUCCCAAUCGAAGAUAUUCAUCCCAUGCAUCCCAUCGGUAUCGUCAGUGCAUGUGAUCUUAUAAAAAUGUGUUAUCCACUUUUGACAGCAAACUGUUAAUUUGUAAGGCAAAAUUCUGAGUGUUGUGUGUGCAGUCGGUGGAUAUGCCAGAUGAUACAGCUGACUGUUCAGAUCCAGAUCGGAGAGAAGCCACAAUAAAGCCCGGGCGCGAAAUCAAACGAUCGCCAGCACCACAAGCACUCAACGCUCAUUAACGCAAAACGCUUCAAAUCGACACUGAGCGCUAAACACAAAAUACAAAAUAUAAAAUACAAAACGGCAAGAAUAAUACCAGCUACAAGCCAUGGAUACAAAGCCAACUACUAAGCGGCCCGAAAUUGAUCAGUUUUUGUUGGAUGUCCGCGCCCAUUUCCGAGCCUCGCUGGAGACCUCGGAGUACGAGAACGCCUCCAACCUCUUCCACAUGACGGCCGCCGAGCAGACCGCCGCACUUCUGGCCCGCUGCGAGAUUCUGCUGGCGGCAUCUGGUUCUGGAUCGGGAUCGGGAUUGGUAUCAGGAUCGGGAUUGGGACUGGGACUAGGAUGCACAGACGAGCAGGCGGCGGGCAACCACCGGACCAGCCUGGUGGACUGCGUCGACAGCAAGGUGGGCGGGGAGACCGGUCCCAGCGGCUAUCUGGAGAUGCUCGCCUCCCCGUCCUCAUCGAAAAACUCACUGUCCGCCUCGCGGGAAUACAUUGAUCUGGGCAGCAGCGGGUCCCUGGACCGCUGCUCCGCCAACCAACCGGUUACGGGCUCGGCGGAAAACGAGCCCCACCAGCAGCUCUAUGAGAUCUGCCAGGGUCAGGGCCAGACCCUGGGCCAGGGGCAGGGAACGGGUCAGGAGGAGGACGAAUCCCAGCAGGCGAUAACCUUCACCCACGAGCUGAUCAUUGACUGUCCGUACGCGGGCCUGCCCGCCGGCCACCUGGCCCUGCAGCGGUCCACCAAGUACGGACAGCUGCAGCGGAUCGUACCGAAGCGGCUGUUCUUCGACCAGACGCGAAAGUGCUACUGCGGCAUCCUCAACGACUGGAUGCUGUGCUACGCGGACGGGCCGACCGCCUGCCGACCCAGCAGCACCCUCUACCUGAAGAGCUCCUCCAUAGAGAUCGAGCAUUUCGGGGAGGGCAAGCGGCGCGAAGUCUGCUUCCAGAUCACCACCGACGACCCCAACAAGAAGUUCGUGUACCAGGCCAGCAACGAGGUCGAUGCCAAAGAGUGGAUACACGCCAUCGAGGCGGCCAUCCGCGGGGACGUCGGUGCCCAUCCGAUGCCCCCCCUGAAGAGUCCUCCGCCCCGAAAACUGCCCACUCCGCCGGUCCAGAAGAAGUCCACCUACAUGGCGGCGGACAUAAUCUACGAGGAGCCGUCGCCCAUCUACGGCCUGAUGGACUCCUCGGCCAUGGUGCUGCCCAAGCUGCCGGAGAAGAACAGCAGUCCCAACGCCCUGGCCCGCCGCUUCGAGUACGAUGUGCCCAAGUGCCCGGCCCAGCCUCUGCAGAACACCGCCGCCGUAGUAGCCUCCAUGGGCGGGGAGGUGGAGUCCUCCAUUGGGCUGCUCCAUGAGGCCGACCUGAAGGUCCAGCCGCUGCCCUCCAGCCUGCAUGGCCACAUGUCGCUGGACUUCCAGGCCAGGGUAAAGACCGUGCACAGUGAGCUCUCCACCCAGCUGUCGGCCGGUGGUCCGAGUCCGGACCGCCAAAAGGCCGUGAAGAAGAGCUACGCGAAUGGCGGCGAAGCGGAGAUGCUGUCGCCGCUAACCAGCCCCGCUCACACGCCCACCAAGGAGCAGAAGAAGCAGCGCAAGUCGCCGACCAUGCCGCCGACGAGUCCGGCCAGCAAGGACUGUGAUAAGCUCGCCCGGAACUGGUUCCUCAGUCGCCUCAACAAGAGCACCGGACCGAAGACGCCCAGCACGGGCAGCGGCUCACCCAGCAACGCCAGGUGCAAGCAGAGCGAGAAGGAGAACCUGCUGACGGACGCCGAACUGGGCGAGGGUUACGACGCGAGUCCGGGCGAACGCGAUCCUGGCCUGCCCAGCAGCCCGCCCACGUCGCCGUGCCUGAAGGCGGAGGCCAAGAGCAAGGUGAACAUGAUCAUCAACCAGUUCGAGAGCAGCGGCCACCUGUCCACCAUGUUCAGCGUGGAGGCGCUGGCCGCCAACGCACUCGCCUCGCUGACGUCCUUCUGCGAUAGCGAUGGCUGCAACAACUACGAGCCAAUCAUGCCCCUGGCCACCACCCCCAGCAGCUUCCUGAAGAAGGUGUGACUGCCGUACAUCCGUCAUCCGUCAACCGCUAUCCGAAAUCCAACAUCCAACGUCUGGCAUCCUGGAGAGCCCGCUCGUCUCUGUAUUGUAGAUUUAGUCCUUAAGCUAGUGAAACCACUCUCCGGAUGUCACAUAAACUUUGACA